AUGAGCGAAGCAUACAAGCUCUGGAUCAACGGGGAGGAGCGAGAGGGGAGGGGGGAGCUGAUUGAUGUGGAAGACCCGUCGACGGGAGAGAUUUUUGCGCAGAGCCACACGGCCUCGACCGAGGACGUGGACGAGGCAGUGCAGGCGUGCCAGGCAGCGUACGAGUCAGGGGUGUGGUCACGGGCGCCACGACAGCAGCGUGCAGACGUGCUGGAGCGGUGUGCAACCGAGCUGACGGGCGCGCUGGCGCCGCUGAUCGCGCUGGAGGUGCAGCAGACGGGACGGGCAAUGGCAGAGAUGCAGGCGCAGGUGCCGUCGCUGGUGCGAUGGUUCCGCUACUACGCGGCACUGCUGCGGACAGAGGAGCAGCCAGUGUUGCCGACGAGCGGCAAGCUGCACAACUUUGUGACGCGGGCGCCUCUGGGUGUCGUCGUGCAGAUCACCUCGUUCAACCACCCGCUGCUGAUCGCGGUCAAGAAGUUGGCUCCUGCUCUGGCGGCCGGCAACAGCGUCAUCGUCAAGCCGAGCGAGCUGACCCCGCUGACGACGUUGUUGCUGGGCCGCCUGCUGCAGCGUGCCGGCCUGCCCGACGGCGUGCUGGCCGUGCUGCCGGGUCUGGGCGUCACCACCGGCGCCUCUCUCGCGGCUCAUCCGCUCGUCCGCAAGGUCGACGUUACCGGUGGCACCACGGCUGGUCGCGCCAUCGGUCGUCUCGUCGGCCAGAACCUCGCUCGCUACACGGCCGAGCUCGGUGGCAAGGCUCCCCUGCUCGUCUUUGCCGACGCCGACGUCCACGCUGCCGUCAACGGCAUCGCUUUUGCCAGCUUUGUCGCCAGCGGCCAGACCUGCGUCGCCAGUACCCGCAUCCUCGUCGCCAAUAGCAUCCUCGACAGCCUGCUCGUCCGCCUCGCCGCCAAGGUCGCCUCCAUCACUCGCCGCAUCGGCCGGCCCGCCAAUCCGGCUUCGGCCAUGGGCCCUCUCAUCUCUGCUCGCCAGCUCGCUCGCGUCGAGUCUCUCGUCGACGAUGCGCUCGCCAGCGGCCUCGCCGUCCCCUUGGAUACCGGCGAGACCACCGCCUGCCGCAUGCGAGGCCCCAGCUCUCUCGAUGGCGCCGACCUCGGCCUCGGCUACUACUAUGCGCCCACUGUCCUCCUCUCGACCGAUCGUGCCGCUAACAGCAUCACCCGCACUACCCUCUGGCGCGAAGAGGCCUUUGGACCCGUCAUCGUCGUCGUCGGCUUCGACUCCGAGGACCAGGCCAUAGCCCUCGCCAAUGACAGCCCCUACGGCCUUGGCGCUGCAGUCUGGACAACCGAUCUGGCCCGUGCGAUGCGUGUCACUGACCGCAUCGAUGCCGGCAUCACCUGGGUCAAUACCCAUCACCGCAACGAUCCUAGCAGCCCCUGGGGCGGCGCCAAGAAGGACAGCGGUGUCGGCAGCGAGAAUGGCGUCGACGCCUAUCACGCCUACACCACCAUGAAGAGCACGGUCAUCAAUUUCGCUUCAACUGAGGAGGCCCUCGCAACCGAGGACUGGUUCGGCGAGAAGGCUGCCCCGGUUCGCUACGGGUAG